AUGUCCACCGAGAAAGAGGAGGUCGCCCAGGCCGUGGGCUUGGAGACGACCGAGAAGAGCCACUACCCGGAAGUGAGCACGGGCACGGGCGAGACGGCGGCCAUUGCGGGUGCCCAAGCCCGGACGGUGCACAAUGCCGAACUGUAUGCUGCUCUGCAGGAGACCAAGAUCAAGGCCUGGAGCAAAGAGUCCCGGAAGCUGUACUUCGCCAUCCUCAUUGCCUUUUGCUGUGCCUGCGCCAACGGCUACGACACCUCGCUCAUGACGGGCAUUCUGGCCAUGCCACACUUCCAAAACGUGUUCAAAACGGGCACCACCGGCACAAAAGUCUCUGUCAUGUUCUCCCUGUACACUGUGUAA